AAGAGGAAAAUCUCCCCGUGGGUUGAUUAUGUGACUUGCGCGACGUCGAUUCAAGAAACACCAAGAGCAGCGCCCGUUCAUUUCAACGCUGUUUACAUUGGUCUCUCAAGUGGAAAACAACACAUAACUGCCCAAAUAUCAGGGGGGGAGGCCAUGGAGUUGAAUGGCAAAGAGGAACUCAAAGGAGCCGUGUUGCAUAUCGUGGUAGUCGGAUUUCACCACAAGAAAGGCUGUCAGGUGGAAUACUCCUACCCUCCUCUCAUCCCUGAGGAGGGCCAUGACAGCAACAACCUGCCUGAGGAGUGGAAGUACCUGCCUUUCCUUGCCCUGCCUGACGGAGCACACAACUACCAAGAAGACACGGUGUUCUUCCAUCUCCCUCCUCUCACUGGAGCAGAUAUGAAGUGUGUGUAUGGAGUCUCCUGCUAUCGUCAAAUAGAAGCUAAGUCCCUGAAGGUCCGACUGGCUGACGUCACCAGGGAGACGGUCCAGAAGAGUGUGUGUGUCCUCAGUCGAGUGCCUCUGUACGGUCUCCUCCAAGCUAAACUACAGCUCAUCACACACGCCUACUUUGAGGAGAAAGACUUCUCACAGAUAUCUAUACUGAAGGAGUUGUAUGAACACAUGAACAGUUCUCUGAGAGGGACAGCUGUAGAGGGAUCCCAAGUGUUCCUGGGUAUGUCACCAAGAGAUUUAAUACUGCACUUUCGACACAAGGUUCUGAUCCUCUUCAAGCUGAUUCUGCUGGAGAAGAAGGUUCUGUUCUACGUGUCUCCAGUCAACAGGCUAGUAGGAGCUCUGAUGACCGUACUCUCACUGUUCCCAGGUAUGAUAGAGCACGGCCUGGCUGACUCCUCCCACUACCGGCCCAAGAGCAGCGUCUCCGAGAACAUCACUACAGGAGACAGUGUGUCGCGGGCAGAGGACUUGUUCUCCGUUUCCAUCACUGACAUCGCCAACGCCACCGUGGAGCUAACAGGGGAGGACCACACCACCUCCACCGUGAAGGCUUCCCCAGAGACCUCCACCCCAGCCAGGGAGAACACCCAGCUGAAACCCCCUUCCAGGACUUCCCCGGACACCUCCGAGAGCGACUGGGAGACCCUGGAUCCCAGUGUUUCGGAGGAAGGGACUAGAGACUCAGAGACGGGGGGUUCAGGGGGCCUGGAGCACCCGGAGACGGGUAUCCCCGUCACGGUGCAGCCUCGGGGCCUGUCGGCGGGGCCAGGAGGACAGGGAGCCAUCUCUCAGGGCUUGGUGUCUGGACUGGAAGAGGACCAAUAUGGCAUGCCACUCGCCAUCUUCACCAAGGGUUACCUGUGCCUGCCCUACAUGGCCUUGCAGCAGCACCACCUGCUGUCAGACCUUACGGUGCGCGGCUUUGUUGCCGGGGCAACCAACAUCCUCUUCCGUCAGCAGAGGCACCUGAGUGAUGCAAUCGUUGACGUGGAGGAAGCUAAGCUCCAGAUCGGGGACCCUGAGUUGAGGAAAGUGCUAGGUCUGACUACGGCUGACCUGCGAUUUGCUGACUACCUGGUCAAACACGUGACAGAGAACCGUGAGGACGUGUUUCUGGACGGGACCGGCUGGGAGGGAGGGGACGAGUGGAUCAGGGCCCAGUUUGGACUCUACAUACACUCCCUCCUAUCCUCCACCUUACUAGAAGAUAAUGAGAAGUUGCUAGCGGACUGGGGCGCUCCCUUCAUCUCAGCCUGGAGGAUCACACACAACUACAGAGUGUGGUUCAUCAACAAGCACCCAGCCAUGGCCGAGAUCACCCCAGGUCAUCCAUUCCAAGGACAGUACAGUGCUGCUGAUCUGAAAUUAAGAUUCUCACACUCGGUGCAGAACAGUGAGCGUGGGAAGAAGAUGGGGGCAGCUGUGAUCACCACCAGUCGGAGUGUUGUGCAGACUGGGAAGGCAGUAGGUGAGACAGAGUCAGUCGGUGGGUGGAGCUCUGAGCAGCGCUAAGUCAGCCAUGUCCUCCUGGUUCUCUACGUUGGCACCGCCAGCUAUCGUACCCACUCCAGCAGCCUCACCAGAGCCUCAGUUACCUACAGAGACCAAGCCUUGACCACCUGCCUGUCUACCUGUCCCUUCUCACAGCAGCUGUCUAGCAGGAGAGACUAGGGUUAACCUACCCCCCCCCUCCCCUGAUUUCUUGCACUCUUUCUCCUCAUUCUCAAACUCCACUGGAGAAAAAAGUCAGAGGGGAGGGAUCUUGGACUGUGUCCUCCAAUACAGUUGAGAAGGAGAUACUUCUCCUCCUCCUAUCAGAUCACAACGUUUUUUUACCUUUAUUGUAACUAGGCAAGUCAGUUAAGAACAAAUUCUUAUUUACAAUGACGGCCUAGGAACAGUGGGUUAACUGCCUUGUUCAGGGGCAGAACGACAUAUAUUUUCUACCUUGUCAGCUCGGGGAUUCGAUCUUGCAACCUUUCGGUUACAAGUCCAACGCUCUAACCACUAGGCUACCUGCCUCCCCCCUCUAACCACUA